GCAAAACGUUCCGGCGCGGGGAAUCAUGUGUGUAUUGUAAACAUAUUGUAAACACUGCAGAAAAUUAAAAAAACAGUGCUGAUCCGCAAAUAUGGUUAAAGCGAUAGCAACAUUAAGAAUCACUUCACCAAUUUUUAGAAAAUUAUAUGGCCAUGGAAGUAAAUGUCAGCCAGUACGACAUAAAAGUAUUUCAUACUCUGGACAGCCACCACUCAAUGUUCCUCUACCAGGGCUUCCGACUCCUGUCUACAUAAGUGCAGAGCAAGCUGAUCACACACUGAAGAUGACAGUAUUAAAAAAUGGAAUGCGUGUUGCAACUAUCCCAUAUUUUGGAAACUAUUGUACUAUAGGAGUUAUCAUUGAUGCUGGAGCAAAACAUGCUGGUAACUACGUUGGAGGAAUUACCCACAUGCUUGAAAAACUAGCAUUCAAUAGGACACUUGCUUAUGACAGUAAAGACAGUAUUUUAUUGGACUUGGAGAGGUACGGAGGAAUAUGUGACUGUCAGGCUGACAGGGACUUUAUCCUGUAUGCUGUUUCUGCAGAAAGCCAAUCUGUAGAUCCUGUUACUCGAAUAUUGGCUGAAACAGUAGUUCGUGCGAAGAUCACAGAAACUGAGUUGAGAAAUGCUAUCAGUGCAGUGAGGUUUGAUGUAGAUACGUUAAUGUCAAAACCUGAGCAGGACCAAAACAUGACUGAAUUGAUACAUGCUGCUGCUUUUAAGGAUAAGACAUAUGGAUUACCAGCAAUAUUGCCUCUGGAAAACAUAAAAAGUAUAACGAAGGAACUGAUCUAUACAUAUAUGAAAAACUACUACACACCAUCUAGAAUGGUAUUGUGUGGUGUUGGUGUCGAUCACCAAACUACUGUAAAAGCAGCUGAAAAAUACUUCCAGGAUAUGCCACCGAUCUGGGAAGUAGAAAAGAAUCUUACAUUGGAAGGGAGCAAAUACGCUGCACAGGAGCUUACCCCAGAAUAUGUCGGUGGUAUAGCUUGGGACUGCUGUGAAAUACCGACAUAUGCUAAUGCGGAUCUUCCACAGUUAGCACAUGUGGUCAUUGCUCUCAAUGCAUUCCCGUAUGCAGAUCCAGAUUUCAUUUCACUGUGUGUUUUAAAUUUGAUGAUGGGUGGAGGCAACUCGUUCAGUGCUGGUGGCCCUGGAAAGGGAAUGUAUUCUCGGCUGUACAUAAAUGCUCUUAAUAGGCAUCACUGGAUGUUUUCGUGUUCUGCAUUUAAUCACUCAUACACCUCUUGCGGCUUGUUUGGAAUCCAUGCCAGUUCACCACCAGAUUAUUUAUCAAGACUGAUUUCAAUUAUUGUGAAAGAGCUUUGUGCAGUGGCUGUUGAUGAUAUUAGACAUCCUUUAAAGCGGGCAAAGGCCCAGUUGAGGUCACUGUACUUAAUGAAUCUAGAAUCAAGACCAAUGGUAUUUGAAGAUGUGGCAAGACAAGUCAUUGCCCUAGGUUCGUGGAAGGGCCGUGAUUAUUUCAUCAAAGAAAUGGAUAAAGUGACAGCACAUGAUGUACAACGUGUAGCAAGGCGCCUACUUGCUUCACAGCCAUCGGUCGCAGCUCGUGGUGAAAUUGCAGGAAUGCCUUCGUAUGAUGCAAUUUGUCAAAAAUUUAGAAGCUCUUUGAACUGAAGUAAUGUAUUAUGAACAUGAACAACAAACAUAAAUUAUUUCGCCUAAAAUGGAGCCAAAUUUUCGUAAACUGCGUUACUGUAUUGCAUUGUUUUAAUAUAUUGAAUGUAAGUUACCUGAAGGCUUAAUAUGUGUGUGUGUGUGUGUGUGUGUGUGUGUGUGUGUGUGUGUGUGUUUUUUCCAGCACACCUGUAAAUCACACCUUAUGGUGAAACUACAGGGCUGACUUCCAUCAAAAAUAAAAACUCGAGCUAUUUAUUCACAAUCAUGAUUUAUGUACAGUUACGAUAAAUAACAUCAAGUGAUAUUAUAAGGCACCAAGUUUAUAUUUAUAAUUAGUCACUUUAUUGUAUUUGUGUAAUUAUGUAGCAGAGCCCAGUGUUUACUGUAAAAAAAGUAAAAGCAAAGGUACAAUAUCAAGCUAUUUUUUUCAUUGUCUGUUUAUACUUUAUUUGUAUUGUUUUAAUAAUUUGAGCACAAGUGUGUGUGUGUGUGUGUGUGUGUGUGUGUGUGUGUGUGUGUGUGUGUGUUUUCCAGCACACCUGUAAAUCACACCUUAUGGUGAAACUACAGGGCUGACUUCCAUCAAAAAUAAAAACUCGAGCUAUUUAUUCACAAUCAUGAUUUAUGUACAGUUAUGAUAAAUAACAUCAAGUGAUAUUAUAAUGCACCAAGUUUAUAUUUAUAAUUAGUCACUUUAUUGUAUUUGUGUAAUUAUGUUGCAGAGCCCAGUGUUUACUGUAAAAAAAGUAAAGCAAAGAUACAAUAUCAAGCUAUUUUUUUCAUUGUCUGUUUGUACUUUAUUUGUAUUGUUUUAAUAUUUUGAGCACAAGUGUGUGUGUGUGUGUGUGUGUGUGUGUGUGUGUGUGUGUGUGUGUGGAUACUAUAAGAGUACACUGUACAAAAAGAAUAAACAAAGAUGACGACAAAACUUGGGUUAAAAUAUUGUACAAUGUGUCACAAGAGGUUACUUGCAUCACCAUUGUUGUUCACAGAUCAUGGUGAAAUUGUAAGCUUGAUUUCUGUUGAAAAUGUAAAAGCUUUAGAAAUAGAAGAUCUUUAAUUUGAAUUUGUACAACAAAGAUAAAUCAUCUCAUAUGAUAUGGAGUCAUGUUUUUGUGUACUGUCUAUGACUUUGUUGUAUUGUUUUAAUAUACUGAGUAUAACCUGCUACACUUUGUUUUUGUAUCAGUGUGCACACUCAUGUGCACAUCCAAAAUUUAUAACAAUGAAGAAGGCAUUAUAAGUUUCGUUUAUGCUGUUAUUCUGCCUAUUAAAUUCUUUACAGUAUACAGAUAUUGUACAUUUUGCUUUGUUCAUAUUGUUUUACAAUCAAAAUUACAACAGUGAUGAUCUGGGGUAUGAUUCAUGAGAGGAAAAAAAGCAAAGCCACCAAGAAAACCAUGUAAUAACCAUGGAUUAAUUCUUUUUGACCAAACAAAGUGGCACAGUGGUGAAGAGAUUGCACUCAUAUUCGGGAGGAUGCCAGUACAACUUACUUUCCUGACAUUCAGAUUCAGGGCUUCUGUAGUAACCCUAAACUGCUUAUGGCAAAUGAUGGGAUGGCUUCUUUGAUAAUGGCAUGAUGGAUUUUUUUCCCCAAUCCAAGCUUGUGCUCCUUCUCUAAUGGCCUUGGUGUCUGUGAGAUGUGAAACUGUAAUCUUCCUUUCUUAUCUUAAUUUUCUUUGCAAUUGAUUACAAUUACUAACACCAAUUGCCCACAACAGUUGUACACUUUUGGUGCUCAAAGAUAAUAAUAAAUGUCUUUCUUUUCCUGCUGAGUCGAUUAAUUGGAAUUGUACAUGAUCAUGUGGUUGCUCUAUUCUCUCUAUUAUUGUCCAUAGUUCUUCUGUAUAAUGACAUCAUUUACAGGCUGUUAAUCCCUAACUUAAUUCUUCACUUCCUUCCUUCUCUACCAAAUUUAUUCUCAUAUAUUAGAAGGUAUACCAGAAUUGACAGUCACUCUUUGAGUGCCAUAACUCAAAAAGCAACUCUGGAAACUUGGUCCUCUUGUAGUUUCCAAUUCUAUCAACAGAUGCCAAGUGUACAAAUGGCCUUUAAUAGUUGUGGAAGUGAAUGAGUACCAAUGGGACAGUUACACGAGAUGAAAUGAAGAAAAAUUAAA